CCGACUUGGAUUGAGGGGAGGGGAGUGUGCGUACGCGAGUGAGCGAGCGAGCGAGCACCAGACAGUCAGCUACCCGGGAGAGGCGAUGAUGGCGGCCGCAGUCGAGAGAGGAGGGGUUCGGGCCGCCUUCCUGAACCCGGGGAGCGGCGGUGGCGGUGGACCCGCUCCGGCAACGGUCCCGGCUGCACUGGGAGCUGGGGCCGGAGCCACCGGCUUCGGUUCGGGUGGGUCAGGUCCGAUGCCCGUUCCUAUGAACCUAUUUGCAACAUGGGAAAUAGACCGCUCGUCUCCGAGCUGCGUUCCAAGGUUGUGCAGCCUCACCCUGAAGAAGCUGACCGUGCUGAAGGAGCUGGACAAAGAUCUCAACUCGGUGGUGAUCGCCGUCAAGAUCCAGGGCUCCAAGCGCAUCCUGAGGUCAAACGAGUACGUGCUCCCCCCUGGAGGACUGAUGGAGACAGACCUGGAGCUCACCUUCUCAUUACAGUAUCCGCACUUCCUCAAAAGGGACGCCAACCGGCUGCAGAUCAUGUUGCAGAGGAGGAAGCGAUACAAGAAUCGCACCAUCCUGGGAUACAAGACGCUGGCGUUGGGGGUCAUCAACAUGGCCGAGGUGAUGCAGCACCCCACGGACGGGGGCCAGAUCCUGGGUCUCCAUAGCAACGUGAAGGAGGCCCCGGUGCGGGCGGCGGAGAUCAGCGUGUUCUCUCUCUCCAGCCAGCCCAUCGACCACGAGGACGGCAGCGUGCAGCCAGGCGCCAAGGCCAAGACCUCGGAUCGCUCUCCUGACAUGGAUAACUACUCGGAGGACGAUGAUGACAGCUACUCCUCUGAGCAGGAGGCCAGUGACGACGCUGCUCACGGGCAGGACCUGUACGAUGAAGACGAUGAGGUCAGGAAGCCAAAGAAAUCGCGAAGGAAAAUGAUCAGAACCACCUCCAUGACGAGGCAACCCAACUUUAAGCAGAAGUUUGUGGCCUUACUGAAGAGGUUCAAAGUGACGGACGAGGUUCUGGACUCGGACCCGGUGGACCAGACGCAGGAGGUGGAGGAGGAUCUGGACCUGCUGUACGACAGCCUGGAGGUGUACAACCAGAGCGACAGCGGCCCGGAGGUGGAGGACAACGAGAGCGUGCUCAGCACGCCCAAGCCCAAACUCCGACCGUUCUUUGAGGGGAUGUCCCACUCGAGCUCACAGACGGAGAUUGGGAGCCUGCACAGCCAGAAGAGCCAGCAUCGAAACAUCUCCUCUUCUGGUGACUUCCUGUCUGUGGAGAAGCCCAAAGUGCCCGGGGCCCGGUAUCCUGACAACGGCUCUACAGAGGCUGCACCCGGGGAGCCUGAGGAGGACGAUGUGGGGGUCGGGCCAGGGGUCGGGCCGGGGGCAGGGGUGGGGCCGGGGGAGGUCAGCUGGGACCCCAGCCCUGAAAAACCCCCCGGAUCUGUGGGGAAGCUCUGCAAGACGGAGUCCCAGAACCACAUGUCACCCAGUAAAACGGAGAACAAGCUCCAGCGGAGGCCCCGCAGCACCUCCAUGAAGGACCGGCAGAACAGCAAGGCCCAGAGCGACCGCACCAGCAGCAUGGACAGCGAGAGCUCUCCGGACUCCCGGCUGACUGCGCAGGUCCCCAGGAAGUCGGUGUAUGACCAGCUGAACCAGAUCCUGAUCUCAGACGAGCAACUGCCCGAGAGCAUCAUCCUCAUCAACACCACCGACUGGCAGGGGCCAGGUUACCUGGCGGAGCUCCUUCACCCCACCUGCUCCUCCGCCGAUGUGCAGGCGGCCUUCAACACCAUCGUGACCCGGAUACAGAGAUUCUGCAACUGCAACGCGCAGACCCCGCCCACCAUCAAGGUGGCGGUGACGGGCGACCAGAGCUACCUGAGCACCGUCCUGCGCUUCUUCGUGGAGCAGCUGGCCAACAAGACGCCCGAUUGGCUGAGCUACAUCCGCUUCCUGGUCAUCCCCGUCGGUUCUCAUCCUCUGGCGAAAUACAUGGCGUCGUUUGACAGCAAGUUCAACAACCUGUUCAUGGACACAGCAUGGAGAGAGACCUUCAGCAGGGCAGACCCCCCGUCUUCAGACACCAUGGACGUGGUGGGCCGGGUCACUCAGUACCUGGCGGGGGCCGCAGUGUCCCACCAGUUCCCCAUCUCAGAGGCCAUGCUCACCUACAAACAGAAGAGGAAGAGAAGUUUGUAUUUUGAUUUUUACAUCAGCCCCGACGAGGACUCCUGCCAGAAGUUUGUGCCCUUCAUCGGGGUGGUGAAGGUGGGAAUCGUAGAGCACAGCCUGUCCACUUCAGUGGACUCUGAUGAUGCCAUGGUGGGCGGGAUCAGCAUGCUGUCGUCUCCGCCCCCACAGACAGGGGGCGUGGCUUAUGGGAAGGACAUGACCUGCACCCCGCCCCCCUCCCCAUCAGUUUCCACAGCACUGUCCGGAGCUGGCUCUCCGGGCGCGGGGGGCGAGGUGAUGGGGCUGCAGGUGGAUUACUGGGCGUGGCAGGGUGGGGGCGGGCGGCGGGAGGGCGAGCGGCGGGACGUGGGGCUGAAGAACACGCUGAAGAGCAACUUCCGCUCGCUGCAGGUCAGCCGCCUGCCCAGCGGGGGCGACCUCACCCCCCCGCCCUGCAUGUCCAUGACCGUCGUCACCAAGGAGAAGAACAAGAAGGUGAUAUUCCUUAGUAAGAAGCCCAAGGAGAAAGACAUCGACUCCAAGAGCCAGGUCAUCGACGGCAUCAGCAGGCUGAUCUGCACCGCCAAACACCAGCACACCAUGUUACGAGUCUCCAUUGACGGGGUGGAGUGGAACGAUGUGAAGUUUUUCCAGUUGGCAGCUCAGUGGCCCACUCACGUGAAGCACUUUCCCGUCGGAAUCUUCGGCUACACCAAACCCGUGUGACCGCGCCCCGGCAACCGUCGCCCGGCAACCGUCGCCGCCGCCACCGGCCCAUCUCUUCAGAACGAGGAAGUGCGUCAGACAAGUGUCGCGAGCCAAUCCGUAAUCGUUUUCCUGUGGAAACUCUACGAGCUCAAAUCCGGUGUGCUCAGUGCAGGAGUGUCGUUGUCCUUGUUUUCUGGGGAAUUAUUAUUUAAAAUGGUUUUUUUGGGGGGUUUUUUUACACCAGCGAAAGGAACGGUGGAUCUUUUUGUAAGAAUCUACACUGCCACUGAAAUCCAAUAUUGGGCUUAGGAAAAAAAAAAAAAGAAAAGAAACACUAAAUUUGGUGGUUGGCAGCUGUGUUUGCACUUUGUUUUUUGUUGUUUUUUUAUUGUUUCUGUGAAAUGUUGUGGGUCGUUGUCGUGUAAUCUGU